AUGUUCCGUUAUCUAUCUAUCUAUCUAUCUAUCUAUCUAUCUAUCUAUCUAUCUAUCUAUCUAUCGAAGGUCAAUCUAGAUUUUCAUUUAUGUCUAUUUACCUCAUUCUAUUCAAUUAUCUAUCUAUCUAUCUAUCUAUCUAUCUAUCUAUCUAUCUAUCUAAUAAAUUGUUCUUUAAUAUUUCUUCUUCAUUCACUUCAUCCCUUUUUGAAAAAUAACCAAACCAACGCCAUUACUCUCAAGCCCACUCACAUAAAAGUGUUUUUCCUCUCUUUUACAUUUGACCAAGAGAAAUUAUAUCUUCCUUCAUUUCUUUCACUUUUUUUUUCUUCUCUUUUCUCUUUCCACCGCUCUAUCCCACUCUAUUCUGACUUUACAUGUUUACUCUUCUGUACAUCCAUACAUUUACUUGUUUUGGGUUAUGUUCUUGCUAUUUUUAUAUAUAUUUUCUUUCUUUUUUCUUUCUUCUUGUUGGCAUGUUACUUUUCGCCUUUUCUUGGCGCCAUUGUCUUUCGUUUUAAUUCAUUUUUCGUUCGCCUUGCCUUCCUUUUACUUUUCACCUUUCUUUCUUUCUUUCUUUCUUUCUUUCUUUCUUUCUUUCUUUCUUCUUGUUUGCCUGUUACUUUUCGCUUUUUCUUGCCGCCAUUGUCUUUCGUUUUAAUUCGUUUUUCUUUCGCCUUGCCUUCCUUUUACUUUUCAUCUUUCUUUCUUUCUUUCUUUCUUUCUUUCUUUCUUUUUUCUUGUUGGCCUGUUACUUUUCGCCUUUUCUUGCCGACAUUGUCUUUCGUUUUAAUUCGUUUUUCUUUCGCCUUGCCUUCCUUUUACUUUUCAUCUUUCUUUCUUUCUUUCUUUCUUUCUUUCUUUCUUUCUUUCUUUCUUUCUUUCUUUCUUCUUGUUGGCCUGUUACUUUUUGACUUUUCUUGCCGCCAUUGUCUUUCUUUUCAAUUCGUUUUUUCUUUUCCCUUGCUACCCUUUUACUUUCAACUUUCUUUCUUAAUGCUGUUUUUUCUUUCGCCUUGCCUACCUCUAACUUUUCAUCUUUCUUUCUUUUUUUUCUUUCUUUCUUUCUUUCUUUCUUUCUUUCUUUCUUUCUUUCUUUCUUUCUUGCUGGCCUAUAGAUAUAGAUACAGACAUAUAGAUAUACAUUAUCUAUCUAUCUAUCUAUCUAUCUAUCUAUCUAUCUAUCUAUCUAUCUAUCUGUCUGUCUGUCUUCUUAUCUAUCUAUCUAUCUAUCUAUCUAUCUAUCUAUCUAUCUAUCUAUCUAUCUAUCUAAAUAUCUAUCUGUCUGUCUGUCUUCUAUCUAUCUAUCUAUCUUCUAUCUAUAUAUUUACCUAUCUAUCUGUCUUCUAUCUAUCUAACUAUCUUUCUAUCUAUUUGUCUGUCUUCUAUCUAUCUAUCUAUCUAUCUAUCUAUCUAUCUAUCUAUCUAACUAUCUAUCUGUCUGUCUGUCUUCUAUCUAUCUUCUAUCUAUAUAUUUACCUAUCUAUCUGUCUUCUAUCUAUCUAUCUAUCUGUCUUCUAUCUAUCUAUCAAUCUAUCUAUCUAUCUAUCUAUCUAUCUAUCUAUCUGUCUGUCUUUCAUCUAUCUAUCUAUCUAUCUAUCUAUCUAUCUAUCUAUCUAUCUAUCUAUCUGUCUUCUAUCUAUCUAUCUAUCUAUCUAUCUAAAUAUCUAUCUGUCUGUCUGUCUUCUAUCUAUCUAUCUAUCUAUCUUCUAUCUAUAUAUUUACCUAUCUAUCUGUCUUCUAUCUAUCUAA